CGUACAGUGAUCUUUAACUCACUGUCUUGUCUUGGGAACUAACUAGCCUGUGUUGUCUUUUUUUGGAUUUGGUCAUAUGAAACUAUACAUGCGGCAAGAGGUCUGAUGUGUAAACAGCAAAGAUGAGAGUUGAAUUCUUCUUGUUGAUGUGGUCAGUCCUGUGCCUGUCGCCUUGCCUCUCGACUCAGGAUGGCCUGUCACCCAACGUGACGGUGUCAGACCUCACGUUUAAGAACAUGGACUUCGCCAUGGACCUCUACCGUAAGAUCUCCGGCUACCAUGACAAUAACAUUUUCUUUUCUCCACUCUGCCUAUCCACCGUCUUCACCGCCCUCUCGCUGGGGGCCCGAGGGGCCACGCGUGAUCAGAUCCUCAAGGGCCUCAACCUUCAUCUUCUGCAGCAGCCUGGCAACAACAGAAUCAUUCCGGAACUCUUCCAGCAGUUACAGCGGAACAUCACCCAGGACAACGCACUGAAGUUCCAGCAGAGCAUGGGCCUGUUCGUAGGACACAAGUUUGUGGUGGAGAACGAGUUCAUUAAUCAUAUCCAAGGCUUCUUUGGGGCGGACAUCAACACUGUGGACUUUCGGGACGCCGAGGGCAGCCUGGCUGCCGUCAAUGAGUACGUCAUGAAGAAAACUGAUAAUAAAGUCAAACAGAUGGUGUCGUCGAUUGAACCCCUCACUCAACUCAUGCUGGUCGACACCAUUUUUUUCAAGGGUGCCUGGGAGCUUCCUUUUAAUCCCAAUAACACAGAGAAAGACCGCUUCUACAUUGACAAGUACAACAUUAUCCAGGUGCCCAUGAUGUUCAAAGAGGAUGAAUUUUAUAACACGCAUGACAAGGAGCUGAAGGUGAAGGUGUUGCGUCUUCCAUAUGUGGGAGGCUCAGCCAUGCUGAUUAUUCUGCCCAAUGCUGAUGUCGACUACACUGAAGUUGAUGAAGAAAUCACAGCCACCAGGUUCCUCAAGUGGAUAAAAGCUCUGAGGGAAACGAAACUUGAGGUUCGUCUGCCCAAAUUCAAGAUGGGACAGUCGUAUGCCAUGCAAAAAAUACUACCAAGUCUUGGGAUUACAGACGUCUUCGGAGAUAAUGCAAACCUAACAGGGUUAAGCAAAGCACCUGGGCUGCAGGUCUCAGAGGUCCUUCACAAGGCUGUGAUUGAGGUGGACGAAAGGGGCACUGUGGCGGCGGCGGCAACAACAGUCGGCAUCACUGCCUACUCUCUCCCCACCCAAUUCAUCGUCAACAGGCCUUUCUUCUUUUUGAUCUAUCACGAGAGUACCAACAGUCUGAUGUUCAUGGGCAGAGUGAUAGACCCCUCUAAAUACUGAUGUAGCACCAUGUUCCAUAAACUCCAUAACUGUUGAACAUAAAAAAAGACCACCCAUUUCUGUCCUCUGUACUUUAUUUUUGGAGCUGUAACAUUUAAAAUGUUUUAUUAAAGAGAAUGGUAUUAGAUACA